AUGGUUUCUGGUCGAUUGGUGAAGUUUGUUGAUGAUAUUGAGCAUUAUUUCCAGAAUCUUGUUUUUUAUUAUUUUGAUGAGUUAGUUGAUGGUUUUCUGUUAGUAGCUAAUAGCUAUAUAUAUACAUUAUAUUUUCUGAAUCCCAAACAUCUUUGUUUGUUGAUGAUAUUGUUUGUUGACUUAAGAGCAUUAUUUCCUGAAUCUUGUUUUCUAUGUUACAAUGUUUAUUUCUCUUUGGUUGCAUUGGAGUUGCAGAAUGAAGUGUUGAUGCUGAAUGCGGCAUCUGCACAAUCUAAAAGCUUUUUGGCUUCUCGCAAUCUGGGCAAUAAAACUACAAAAGGUUCCCACUUUAGCCUUCUUGAGCAAAGGGACCAACUCCCCUUUCACAUGAAGGCUCAUGACCUCAUCGGCUCCACCGACCAGUUUUUUUCCGACGAACACUGCCGGAAGGCUCUUCUGCUGACCGGAAAACGCCAAGAUUGCCAGCUCGAGCUGCUGCCCGUUGGGCAUUUCGUCAAGCUCGUAAACCGUUGGAUUUGCUCCAAAGCUGCAUAUGAGUGUCUUAAUGGUGUGGGAUAUGCAGCAAUUGGACUUGCCGAAUAUUACCACCGGCUUGUCGGCCGUUAG